AUGUCUUCGCGAUUUGCUUCGAAAACGACUGUUGUACCACCAGUCAUAAGCACUUUGGGUGAACCACAACUGAUGUUUCUGCGAAAAGCAGACUGCACAACAGAUCCAACUUUGAUGAGAAAUAUGCCUUCAUUGAACACUUGCCAAAGAGUUCGCUCGGAGUUAUAUAAAAUGCAAGAGGGUGCAUCGGAUGAAGUUCAGCAACAGUACAAGCCGGUUGCGAGAUGGCAGAAUUUUGGCACGUUUUCCAGGGAUGACAUUGCUUAUUUCAUCCAGCAGUACCAAAUCAAGGCUACAAAAAAUGAUGUGCAAGAUGAAGAAGCGUGGUUUGGUCAAUUGCUAACCCUUUACUCUUCUAAAGCAAACGAUUCAAUCGUAUGUAAUGCGAGAACUUUUAUGGAACACAUUUGGAUGUCUUCACCAAACUCUACCGUAUUCUCCAGCGGAAUUUCAGCAGAACAGAUAAGUAAAUUGUGUUGUGACCGUUGGCUGUCAUGCGACAUAAUCGAUGGUGUCUUUGCAAUGAUUAACCAAAGUAAUGACACUCACUACUUUGCAGUCUGUACUGAAGCAUUAAUUCACUCAGUGCGAGCUCAACAGCGACUGUGUAGUACUAUUACUAACAAACUACCACAAUUGAAAUACAUUCACUUUGCCCUAAACGUAAAACGAAUAAAUGGAAACGUGUUUGUGGGAAAUGGAAAUCACUGGACCUACUUUGUGUUUAGUACUUCACUUGAUGAACUCUAUUACGGUGAUAGUCUUGGUUGGAAUUUGCCUUCAAAUCUUCUUACAGUUAUGAAACCAGUCUUUGAAGCACUUUAUACGUUCAGUGGAAAAUCCUUUACCAAACCUCGUUAUCCGGUCCUUAUGCAUCAACCAGGGGUAGCAUACAAACACAAGUGUGGUAGUUCUUGCUUCAAAGCUUUUCCACUUCAGACGUGUGGCUCUGCAUGUGGUCUGACACCAGUUUUCAUGGCGGCAAUAGCUGGAAACAGAGAAGAACUUUGGAAGCACAUGAUUACAGAAAGAACUCCUAAUCAAAACGUAUUGAAGGAUGUGAGAAAAAUUACGGGAGUUACACAAAAUUCUCCGUUACUGAGAGCAGCUAUAAUGGGUUGGUUUGUUAGCUCUGCAGUUACGCUUGAUGCACAUCUCAUCCCUCCCUCUUCUAUCUGUAACACUGCGGCAGAUAGUGACACAGCAAGUCCAUCAAGCACUAGCACUGAAUUCAGUCCGUCAGCUGCUAGUAAAACAAGUCCUUCAAACGCGAACACAGCAAGUCCGUCAGCUGCUAGUAAAGCAAGUCCUUCAAACGCUAGUAAAGCAAGUCCGUCAGCUGCUAGUAAAGCAAGUCCUUCAAACGCUAGUAAAGCAAGUCCGUCAGCUGCUAGUAAAGCAAGUCCUUCAAACGCUAGCAAAGCAAGUCCGUCAGCUGCUAGUAAAGCAAGUCCUUCAAACGCGAACACAGCAAGUCCUUCAGCUGCUAGUAAAGCAAGUCCUUCAAACGCUAGUAAAGCAAGUCCGUCAGCUGUUAGUAAAGCAAGUCCGUCAGCUGCUAGUAAAGCAAGUACUUCAAACGCUACUAAAGCAAGUCCGUCAGCUGCUAGUAAAGCAAGUCCGUCAGCUGCUAGUAAAGCAAGUCCUUCAAACGCUACUAAAGCAAGUCCGUCAGCUGCUAGUAAAGCAAGUCCUUCAAAAGUUAGUAAAGCAAGUCCUUCAAACGCGAACACAGCAAGUCCGUCAGCUGCUAGUAAAGCAAGUCCUUCAAACGCGAACACAGCAAGUCCUUCAGCUGCUAGUAAAGCAAGUCCUUCAAACGCUAGUAAAGCAAGUCCGUCAGCUGUUAGUAAAGCAAGUCCGUCAGCUGCUAGUAAAGCAAGUACUUCAAACGCUACUAAAGCAAGUCCGUCAGCUGCUAGUAAAGCAAGUCCGUCAGCUGCUAGUAAAGCAAGUCCUUCAAACGCUACUAAAGCAAGUCCUUCAGCUGCUAGUAAAGCAAGUCCUUCAAAAGUUAGUAAAGCAAGUCCUUCAAACGCUAGUAAAGCAAGUCCGUCAGCUGCUAGUAAAGCAACUCCUUCAAACGCGAACAUAGCAAGUCCGUCAGCUGCUAGUAAAGAAAGUCCUUCAAACGCGAAAACCGCAAGUCCGUCCAGCACUAGCACAGCGAGUCGAUCAGACACUAGCACAGCAAAAUGUACUGCGAGUCCCUCUGUCAUUUUAUCUGGCAAAAGGUUUCUUCCAUUUCCUGGUGUUUCUAAAUGCUUCUACAAGCAGCAAGGAGAAAUUUGGGCCAAAAAUAAUUCGCGCAAUUUAGAUCGAACGGAAACAAUUUGGAUCAAGAAAAAUGGCGAAACCAUUGGCAAGUGCAAAGAAAGAAAUAAAGGAACUCUAGAAGAGAACAUUGCAGAACUGGAAAUUGCCAUAGGGAUCGAGAAAAGAGCUAAAAGGGUUGCUGAACUGAAAAGCAUUGUAGAAGUGGCCAGGGAAAUAAUUUCAUGCCUUGUGGUUCCUACCCACGGAGCGUUUGACCUUUACUGGAAGCACAAAAAUUUUCAUCUUGGAACUGAACAUAAAGCAGUUUAUAGGGCAAGUGACACUUUUGUUACCUUAAGUCAGCACCUAAACAUUGCUCAAGUUAUUGUUUGCGGGAAAGCGUAUUUAUGUGAGGCGCACAAUACUGACAUUAUUAAACUUCAGGAGACACUUACCUUAAUGACAAAGGAACAUUCAGAGAAAACGUUUUCUUCUGAGGUUCGCAAGCGACUUAACAAUUCCUUUCAAACGGCCUUAAGCUGUCUUGACACUAAAAAAGACAGAGACAUUUUUAUGGGAAUUUUUGCUCAUCUGACGAGUGCCACCAAUGUAAUGCGACUACGGACUCUUCAAAGGCGGAGAGCAAUAGUGCGUCAAGCAGUAAGAACCGAUUCUCUUUUCAGAAACUAUGAAAGUAUGAAGACAUCAGUCCUCUCUGUUCGCAAUGAUAUGACUAAUAAACAGCAGCAGGAGUUUGAAAGAAAGAAACUGAGAAACUUAUCUGCAAAAUAUUUCAAAUCCAUAUGUGAUGGUCGUGGUCGGAGACUCAAAUGCGAAGAAUUUCCGGAACUCCCCGCUCUGCUGGAAUAUGCCGUUGGACAACAAGACGUCCUUGCAAGGGGUGGCAGGGGACUAGAGGCGCACUCAAAAUUGUACGAAAAUACGCUCUAUAAGGCAAUAGAUAACAAAACGAUAAUGCGUGAAGCUCGUGAUGUUAUUCUCGCUUUGGCGGAUGAAAACUUCGACGUCAGUCUCUCCUGUCUCUAUACGUACACUAUGAAUUAUAAAAAAGGCACAAAUCAAGCAAAGAGGCAUCAUGUUGGAAGAAACGUGAACGCAAAAAUAUCGCUUCACAAGGCGUCCAGCACAGGAGACUUUAAGCAUCCGGUUAACGCACAUUGGUCCACUUCACAUGCCAAUUUCAUUUGUGAUGAAGCAAAUCAGUACGAAGCUUCUUGCAUGAUAGACUCCAAGGAUGCUAAGUGCAUUAUCAAUGGCGAGUUACCACCUGUUCUCAAACCUGGAAAGACGUGGAAAAGUAUAGAAUAUCCAGAUCAUACCUUUGACCAAUCGAGGAACAACGCUGUGACUCCAAUAACUCACUUAUUUUUACAGUCAAAAAUUUUACCUUUUAACACGCCUGCUCUUAACUCUGCCAAUCUGAAUAUACCCGGAACUCAAACAGAGGUUCAAGUUACAAGAACAGGAAAAGCUGUGACAUUGAUAAACUUGUCGUUAUAUGAGCCAGAAACUGUACUAAGAGUUUUUAACGAAAUAUUCUAUCUCAUGUCCCUACCAGAACUGGAUGCGUUUUUUCGUAACCCAGAAACGCUGCAAGUUAAGGAAGUUUUCAUUUUUGUUGUGGACAAUGGUCCAUCAGAGGCACCCGCAAGUACCAUUGUUCAGAUGUUACUUGCAAGACUUGUUAAGUUUUUAAAUCUGGACAAAGCUGUUCAGCGAUCUUUUGCGGAAUAUUUGAGCAAACGGAACUUUGUAGAGCGUUGUCAUGCUGCAGAGAACAAAGGUCUUGAAAGGCAUGAACCUUUUAGCUCCAAACAAAUCAACCCAUUUGCAGUUCCAGGAACCGAUGCACACAAAGAAAACAUGGAGAAAAUGGCGACCGAUGUGAGAGCGGCAAUAGAUGGCACCAUGUUUAAUAAAGAACCCAUUCGUUGCUUCCGUGGCCUUGGAGAUCGUCUCGUUUUUAACGAUGAAGAAGGGCUCAAGUACUUCUAUUCCCUGUGCAAUGAUCGCAAAGAAUCGUGUGAUAUGCAUUACAGUGCUGUCAACAAUGGUAUAUAUGGUUAUCUUGUGCAGAACUGGGGUGUUGAAGAAAAUUUCACUGGAAAUUACGCUGAUGACUAUCAUUCCCUGAAGUCUGACGCAUCGAGGUGCAAAUAUUCCGUUUCGGUCUAUCGGCAAGAUGACAAAUGGCGUGGCAAGAUGCAACAGAAGUUUGAAAGGGAGCCGAUUCCCGAUUUCUUGAGGUUCGAACACACCCGGGCCAUGCAUUAUCUUCCAUACGAGGUUCGCAGAGAUUUGCCUGUAGGAGAAUGGGAUGGAAUUACACAACUAUUUCUCCCCUCAGAUAUCCUUGAUUUGGCACAGAAGGUGUUUUACCCUAAACCUUCUCAAGACAUUUUAUCCGCCACUGCAUUCUUAGCGUGGAUUCCACGGCAUCAGGCAGAAGAAUUUUUCACUUGUGGAAGCAAGGAUGCAGAGCUAUUAGCUGAAGAAGAUAAUUCCAAAGAAUUUUGGUCCAAACAUUCCCUCUUCAUCGAAAAUACUCGAGAGGAACUUGUAGCAAUUUGUAGUUCAAAAAAACUGUUGGAAACAGGAAAGAAACACGAACUUGUAGAACGUAUUGUGAAAGCAACAGAAGGGGAAAGUUCUUGGAAGGGUUCCUGUGACAUAUACAGCGGAAGCCUCUCUCAAGUCCCAUCGUCCGUAGCACAGUUAAACAAGCAGCCAGUGCGUUUUCUGCGAGCAGUUUUGAGAUUCCAUGGGUUUUGUCCAUUGGGCACAAAGGACGAACUUAUUAUUCGAGUGGGAUUGUUAAAGGGCGGUCAAAUCCAAACUGCGUUUAGUAGAGAAAGAAUGGAACUAGUGAAAAGGAUUUCAAUUCUGAGGGACAUUUACAAACUACUAGAUCAGGAAAAGGAAACUAAACUGUAUAUUCAUAAGAGACGCACCUUCGGUUCAGACAGUGCUGUUCUGUCAACUAGAGACAAGUGUGGUCUCAAGAAAGUUGUCCACGAGGACAAACUUGAUGUGCAAGGUACCGUAAGCGACAUCCUUGAUCGACUCGAGCAAAGUUUGCUAAAGCUCGAGAAUGCUGCUGUUGAAAAAAUUGGAAGAAGUGUAAAGAGUCGUAAAGAAAUGUCUCCUGCCCCCUCCAAAAGGAGAAAGUACCAGGCUAGCGAGGAAGAGCCAAGCAGAAAGUCAACCAGGGAAAAGCAAAAACCAAAGAAAUUGGAAGAAGGCUGGGUAGCAGAAGAGCGAGAACUUAUCACAAAAGUAGGAGCCAGGAUUCAUGUGCUAUGGACUGAAAAUGAGCUUAGAGGAACCAAGUUCAAACCAGGCUGGUAUGAGGGUGAAGUACAACAAUACGAUGACGACAACGAUGUUAUUCGCGUACUUUACAAAGACGAAGGAAUGGCUGCAUCUUCAAGGGCCAAAAAUCUCUUUGACUUAAGCGUUACUGUUGCGUUGGCCGAGGGGCUAAUAACCUUAAAGCGGGCAAAAACAUAUUAA